AGCUGACGUCGACUACGCCGCGUCCGGUCUCCGCGGUUGUUCCUGCGGAGCGGAGGAAAAAAAAAUGUGGUGAUCCGAUUGAGCGCUGCUCGGUCGGAGUUGUAAAACGUGAGCGAAGAGAGAGGCUCGGGGAUAAUAGCCAGGGGUGGAUGAGAGAGAAAAAGGGGGAGGCACCUGUGAGGCUGAGCAGGUCGGUCCUGUUUGCGUUUACCACGGCGCGUACCGUACAGUUUCAGACAUAUUUGUCAAGCGGAGGAGUCACCAUCGGAUCAACUCCAGCCGCCGCUUCCCAGCACAUUAGGACUACGUGCUGUUGUCACGGACUAAACGUGUGGUGAGCUGUCACUGUCCCCCUUUUUUGUCUCUCCGUGCACCUGCAUGUGCUGUGAGCAGCCCCGGCCUGUUGGAGAGGCGCCGUGCUCAGUGACUGUGCUGCACUAGGAGAACCCAUGGCUUCCGGCCCUCCGUCUCCCUCCAUGGGCCGCAGGCUCCGGCUGCUGGAGGUGCUGCUUGGGCCUCUGUUGGUUUUGCUGGUUUCUGGCCUGGGACCAGCUCUGGGUCAGAAGGUCUACACCAACACUUGGGCUGUCCACAUCCCUGGAGGUCAGGAGGAAGCUGACCGAGUUGCCAGUAAACACGGCUUCAUCAACUACGGACAUGUAUUUGGUGAUUAUUAUCACUUCCGGCAUCGCACCGUGGCGAAGAGAUCGCUGUCGGAUCACAGAGGGACACAUGUGCGUCUACUAAAAGACCCCAAGGUGUCUUGGGCAGAACAACAAGUGUCGAAGCGGAGAAAAAAGAGGGAUGUCUAUGUAGAGCCUUUAGAUCCCAAGUUCAAAGACCAGUGGUACCUGUACAACAGCAACCACCGCGACUUGAAUGCCAAAGCUGCGUGGCAGUUGGGCUACACGGGCAAAGGCGUGGUGGUGUCCAUCUUGGAUGACGGAAUAGAGAAGAACCAUCCCGACCUGAUGCAGAACUACGACCCAAAUGCCAGCUAUGAUGUGAAUGAUGGUGACUCAGAUCCUCAGCCGCGAUACACACAGCUUAAUGACAACAGGCAUGGAACACGAUGUGCAGGAGAAGUGGCAGCGGUAGCCAACAAUGGGAUCUGUGGAGUCGGUGUGGCCUACGAUGCAAAGAUUGGAGGUGUGCGUAUGCUGGACGGUGAGGUGACUGACAUGGUGGAGGCCCAGUCCCUCAGUCUGAACCCCCAACACAUCGACGUCUACAGCGCCAGCUGGGGUCCGGAAGAUGACGGCAAGACCGUCGAUGGACCUGCCAAACUCGCCAAAGAAGCCUUUCUGCGUGGAGUUACAGAGGGCCGUGGCGGUUUGGGCUCAAUCUUUGUGUGGGCUUCUGGGAAUGGAGGAAGAGAGAAGGACAGCUGUAACUGCGAUGGCUACACCAACAGUAUCUACACCCUGUCCAUCAGCAGCUCCACACAGAACGGAAAUGUCCCCUGGUACAGCGAGGCCUGCUCCUCCACCCUGGCCAGCACCUACAGCUCGGGAAAUCUCAAUGAGAAACAGAUCGUGACUACAGACCUUAAAUCAAAAUGCACAGACUCUCACACAGGCACCUCUGCCUCCGCUCCGCUGGCUGCUGGGAUCAUCGCUCUUGCCCUUGAGGCCAAUAAAAACCUGACCUGGAGGGACAUGCAACAUCUGGUUGUGCGAACUUCUCACCCUGCCCACCUGCUCACCAAUGACUGGAGGACCAACGGGGUUGGCCGCAAAGUAAGCCAUUCAUAUGGAUACGGUCUUCUUGACGCCAGUGCGAUUGUAUCGCUGGCAAAGACGUGGACCAGUGUGGGGCCACAGCAAAUGUGUGUGAUCACCAUGGUCACCGAGCCCAGGAACAUUGGAAGCCACUUAUUGAUUAACAAGAGUGUGGAUGCCUGCAUCGGGACCGACAGUCACGUGUCCUCAUUAGAGCACGUCCAGGCUCGCCUGUCCCUGUCCUACAACCGGAGGGGCAACCUGGCCAUCCACCUCAUUAGUCCUGCCGGCACACGCUCCACACUGCUCCACCCCAGGCCUCAUGAUUACUCAUCAGAGGGUUUUAAUGACUGGGCUUUUAUGACCACACACUCCUGGGAUGAGAACCCCACUGGGAUAUGGACACUGGAGAUCGAGAACGUGGCUGGUGCCAGUGACUAUGGCACUCUGACACAGUUUGUCCUCGUGCUGUAUGGCACCAGCUCAGCAACUUCCAGCUCCUCUGACAAGCCUCAGCCUGGCAACGGCAGCUGCAAGACCUUAGACCUGAGGCAGAUAUGCAUCGAGUGCAAUUCCGGCUACUACCUCUUUCAGGAGAGCUGUGUGAAAGAAUGUCCUGCAGGCUUCUCAGUAGGCUCCCAGCCUCUCAAUUACACAGUGGGAAACUCUAUCCCACCAGCUUCCGUCCCGGCCUGCCUGCCCUGCCCACCGCCCUGCCUGACCUGCAGCAGCCUCAGCUCUCAGUCCUGCCUGUCCUGCCCACCUCACAGCUCCCUCGACCCCAUCUCCGGCACAUGCUUGCACCUCAACCAGUACAUGCGUGAGUCCCCCAGCGGCUUCAUGGUGGACCAUGGGAACCUGAAAUCUCCGCAGCAACAGCUCAGCUCCAGGCUGCCCAUUACCAUCGCCGUGCUCAGCUGCAUCGGCAUCAUCGCCACGUUCGCUGGCAUCUUCCUGAUGCUGCAGCUGCGCUCAGGCGCGCUCAUCAAGCUGCCCUCUCUGGAGGCUGGUGGUGGCUUUGCGGGCAGCUUCAGCCUUGGGGGAAGCAGGGUGGUGUCGUACCGUGGCAUCCCGACAGUGUGGGGGGAUGAAGGGGUAAAUACAGACUCCGAAAACGAAGAUUUUGACGUCCAGAAUGAGAGGACUGUCUUUAUCAAAACACAAAGUGCUCUUUAAUGCCUCCCCAACAUCCUUCCUCGUCCCCUGCUUUUAAAAUCCUCUCCCCCAUGUUUGUCUCACCAUUCAGGGCUGUGGAUACUGUCCCCUCACAGACCUUAACUUCUCAUUCAUUUUCCUCCUUUUCCUAUCUUCUCGGAUUCUCGCCCGAGUCCUGUUGUGGGGUCUGAUCUUCCACUCUGCUGUGGGAGACUUGAUGAGAAGCUGCUGUGUCUCAAAGCACGGGAUGGCCCGAGCUUUGCUCUGUUCACACUUGGGUGCAUUUCUAUUAAACUGGCUCUCUCCCUCCUUUUGGCCUCAAUCACUAACAGUGUCUGUCUGUGCAGAGUCCAUUUUCCCCUCCGGCUCCUUUUUGUUACAGUAAACAAAUGAUUAUUAUUUGCUUUCCUCCUCUUUUUUUUUCUUUCCAUUAGUCUCAGUGCAGUAGCCAGACGAGAUUGUUGAAGUGUGUGUGUGUGUGUUUGUGUGUGUGCUCAUGUCUGAAUGAAUGUGUCUGUGUGAAUGUGAGCAUGCAAAUCUGAUGAGCAUUGAACAUUGUAGUGCCCUUUAUAGAGAAUCAAAAGUGGGUCCUUUCAAACAUCACAUCCACUAACAAGUUACAACAAAACAAAUUACAUUAUGAGACAUGAAAUCUGAUUUGGAAACAUUUGUUUAGUGACAUCAAAGUCUAAAAUCUGAUCUCUUAACAACUCUCAUAUUUGAGAAAUGCACAACUCAGAAGCGUAAUAACUAUAAUAACGGUAGACGUUAAUGGUCUAUAAAUACACGUCACCAGUCAGAGAAACAUCUCUGCUGUCUUUCUUUUUGCCCCGAGUAUUGGUAGUAUUUGCUUGAAACAAAACCCUUCUUUGAUGCGGUUUAGUCAUUCUUUUGUUCUCACAGUGUGGAAAGAUCUCUCCACGUUCUGGAUAAACAAACUGUUUCACUCAACUAGCAAAGCUCCCACCAGUCUUUUGGGAUUCAGGCUCAACUGAACCUAGUCUGGUUUUGAUUAGUAUAAAUUCUGCUGUGCUCACGAUCUGCCAGCCAUCAAAUGGAAGGGCAUCAAAAACAGAUCCAAAAUCACAUGCUCCUGAUCAACCCGUAGGCGCAGUCCUUCCAGGGAUGUUUAAUUUCUGCACCCAAAGUGCCCACAUCCUGGGGCUGAGAGAGAAGCAGCCGAGGUGCUGAUGGGACCCAGAACAAUGUGUGAAUGUUGAGCACAAGAGAUUCUCAAAGCAGCCGAGGCACCUGAUUGAUUCGCAGUAACAAUGACUCGAGGCUUUCCUUUUGUCAGAGCACGUCAGCACUACAGACACACGCCUCAUAUCUUAAUAACAGAGAGUAAGACCAUGUCCGUGUGUGUGUGUGUAUGUGUGCGCAGGUUGAGAACUGUCUCCGUGCCCUCUGAUGUGAAGGUUUCCUUUCCUUCCUUCAUCUCUGCUCCCUCAAAUCUUCAAAUCUUGAAUAUUGUUUAAAAGUCCUGCUCUGUGACUCCACAUCUCAUCAGCGUCUCUGCUCUUACCCUCUCAGUCUUCAUCUAAUCAGAAUUUCAAAUUGUCUCUUCAGCGUACUUGCCAAUUAAUUAUAUUCUGAAUGAUACCGCAGCAAACUAUUUAUUCUGAGAGUUUUUAAUAGUACCUUUCGGGCAGAUUGUUUUAAAGUGAUUUUGCUCCCAGGCUGGUUAUCAUCUGAAAUAUGCGUCUCAUUAUUUAAUCCAGCGUAGCCAUUUUGAUUCCACUGAUCUCUUUUCCUACUACGUCCAAAUCAUUUUUUUUAUUAUUUUUUUUUCAUUUCCAGUACAAAAACAGUGGAGCUUGCUGAGAGAGGUUGUCAUGGUGAUGACAUGCUUAGAAAACUGCAGCUGCAUCUUUUUAUCUACCUCUCACAUCAUUCAGCGAGGUUUCAUACACCGUUAGAGGAGCUGUUAAAUGAUUAUAGAGGUCGAAUUAUAUGUAGGUUGGAUAUGAAAACUCUUCUUGGGGAAAGAUUUAGGAGAAUAGGCAUGUUUGUCAAAUUUAUGUUUUAUAAGAGAAACAAGAAAUUUCAAUUCUGAAACUGUAAAGCUGCUGCGUAAAUUCUCUUCCCUGGAUCUCUACUUAAAUUUAUUUGUCUUUAGAACCAGAAAUCAUGUGCUGUCACACUCGGGCUUUAAAACCUGUGACUGAAAUAGAAAGAUUUGUUCACAGAUCCUCUUGGCCGGCAUUUACGUGUUGAAUCCACCUACAAUUGUUAUGGCUGUUUGUUUUCUUCGUCUCCUCCCAGGCGUCUCCUCCUGAAUUAGGACCUUUUUUUCUUUUGUUCUGUUGCUGACAAUCAAACAGUUUCCUUGUUUCGAAUGCAGGAUGGUGCAGGAGCACACCAACAAAUGGAUUUAAAUUAUUAAUUUGACCAUUGCCUUUGCAGAAGAGAAACAAACUGCUCGUCCAGAUAAGCAUAUUAUAAAAAAGUAAAACUGAAAGAAUAAGUAAUUUCACACCAGUACCUACCAAAAAUCCUUGUCGAAUGGAUGCGGGGAGAUUUGUGUGUAUGCUCUCACACGCACCACACAGAGCCAGGAAGCCUAAUUCAUCUCAGAUGGUUGGUGCAGGUGUAGCACAUUUGGCAUACUGCGGCACUUUCUGGAUUGGAAACCAACCCGAGAACGAGGAUUGGGAUAAAAUGCCCCUCAAAAGGAACAAAGCUAAUGUGAUGAGUGUGUGCUGCAGGGCUUUGUGUGGUGUACAUUAGCGCUUGAAGCCAUUUAGGCUUUGAUUAGUCCCCAACUAAGAAGGGCGUUAAUUCAAAAAUGUAAUAUCUCCAGCCUCACACUUGAGCCACAAAAUCUUAUUGAGUUCCCGGCUUGCUGUGUAAACAGCAGAUAAUGAGCUAAUUCAGCAACAGAACUGCUUCCAUAAACUACUUUCCUAAACUCUAGAGUUUGCUUUGUUUGAAGAGCUACAAUGUGGGACUUUGACCAAUUUCUUGCAAUUACUGUUGACUAAUUGAUUCUCGGUCUUGUCACCAUUGUGCACUGUGCAUUUUCCUUUAGAAAACAUUCAUAUUGCUUCCAGAAGUUUGUCUUAAAAUGCAGCGUUUUGUCGUGUUCGGAAAGAUUUCUGUUGCCCCGCCGCUACACACACACACACACACACACACACACACACACACACACACACACACAGAAUGCUCUCAUUGUCUUAGCUUGAUGUCGUAUCCACUACAGCUUGAAAUCUCGGAACAUUUUGAACUGAUGAACUCAGAACUGAUGUGCAUUCAAGCGUGCAACUUUUAAGAAAAUCACGAAUGCAGGCAGCAUUAAGCACCUCGUGUUUCCGAAGCACAGGAGCCGCUGAAGACCAUUAGCAGCCAGCUCAUUCCUUUCACUGCAAGAAUGUAAUCAAAGCUACACACUAAGAAAGAAGAGGUUCUCUAAUUGUGCCAGAAAGCAACUCAUAAUUAUAAGGCGACCACUUUUAGUGGCAGUGGAAGUGCGAAGCUUUUUCAUGUAGGAAACAAAUGUUGAGAACUGUCUCCUGAUUAUAAAAUAAAGACUCGCUCAUGGGCACAGUGGAGGCUUGUCUUUUAUAUCGCUGAUUUAUUUCACGUGGAGCUCGAUGUCGCUCCACUCCUGCUUUAGGACGUAGUCGGAAUUGGUCAAUAUGAAGUUGAAUGGAGUGACUAGGAGCAAUAUCUUUGGCAUAACCAAAGACAAUCAUGUCAAUGCUGUCUGUGUAGGGUUAAGACGUGUUGCUUUCAGGUUGUCACAGUCCAUCGACCCCUUCACUUGUGUUCAAAGUGUUUUUUCUGACAUCUCUGCCUUUUAGAAGAUCUGCAGCGACACCCUGUAUGUUUAGCAGCUGCGGAGGGAGGAGGUAGAAUGUAUCCCAUCGCCAUUAACUUAAGGGCUGAAUCCGAUCUGCGUGCGUCCGUGUGUGCACACAUGCUUGUUGAAGUAGAAAUGAAACACUUUGUGACGGAGGGGCGGUUUGUGAAGCAGCCUCAGCCGACUCUGUUGACCUCCUCCCGCCUCUUCAUGGGGUUCCUGACCUGUGGCUGCACACAGUACCUUACAGAUUUGUGACCUAUGAUUAAUGUACAAGAAUGAUUAUCUUACAUGGGACAUAACUCUAAAAUAAGGCCUAUUUUUGUACUAUAUGAAUGGUGCAGUGUAAUUUUCUUGUAAUUUAAAGAUUUUUUUUUUUUUGCUCUUAUUUUCUCCUUUUUAUUUAAUUGAUGUCAAUUAUAGAUUCUACUAAAAAUAAAGAUCUAUGCAAAUUUGAA